AUGAACGACCGAGCUAUCGCAGAGGCACUGGCUUCAACUCAAAAGUCAGCUUCUACCACACCAUCAGUCUCAAAUGCUUUGCCUACAUCCAUGGAAAACUCGAAGACAGCUUCUUCACAGCUAAACAAACACGGCUCUACUACUGCAGCGCUUAAACGUAUCCAGAAGAAUAUCCAACACGGACUAGACAGAACUGUAAUACGCGCACCUAAACAGGGGGAAAAGAAACGAGAUGCAGCACUGGCUUAUGCUAGUGCUCAAGAGACAAUUGAAAAGCUCCAAGCUUCUAUCGAGAUAUCAGAAAAAGCAUACAAAGAUGCCAUCACUGUUCGACGAACAACCCCUUCAAACAUGUUUGAAAACCAAGAUGCGGCUGCCAAUCUAUUUCAAGAAAACGAGUUAAAUGUCAACUGGAUUGAUCGAGCACGACAUGAACUGACUCGAAUGACUGCUCGUAAAAUCACAAUGAAUCAAGAAAAGAUUUCGAUAGCAAAGAGUAUAAGUGAAAAGACAGAUAUUCAGUUACAAGAAGCCAAAGCGCAACUGCAACAACAAAGAAAGUUUUUCCAAGCACGACCCAAGCUUCUUAAACACUAUUAUUCUAUAUUUGGUGAUAUAUUAUUUGUAUCGGCGCUCAACGACUGCGCAUAUGCUGUGUUUACCACGAAAAACAUUAUUGAAAUCUGGAUUACUGAAAUAGUAGAUGCAAAGCAAAAAACCAGUAUCAAAACAAUCAUUGAGCUCAAAUGUGAUCCUAUUACUCUAGUCCACCAACUUUCAUCUGAAUUAAUCAACACAAGCUAUCAAGAACAUGAAGCAAAAGGAACUGUGUCAUCUACAACCCAAAAAUUCAACACAAGUAACAAGCAAGAGCCAAGCUCACAAAAACUAAGAAACAGCCAAACUGCCGAUUCAACUGCUCUACCAUCUUUCAAAUCUUCCUUGAAUAAUCCCAAUUCGAUACCAUUGCCGAAAAAUCUACGUGGUCACACCUCUUCAUUUGAUCGCAUAGACGAAAGUGUACACAAAACCAGAUCAGUCAUUCAAAACCUUCCAUUGCGUAAACUUUUGCAGAUGGCAACAUUCCGAUCAACAAAAAUGGCCAACUUGACCGAGACUGGACAUACUUUGUCACCAGAAAAUCUAAAGCUGAUAAAUGGACCUUCUCGAUUAGUCCGUCACAGAACGAUGUUUUUCGUUGGCUGUCAAAGUGGCGAGGCAUUGAAUAUUGAAAUUAUUUGGGAAUAUGAUACCAACUCUGAAAAAACGGAAUUUAACAUGAAUGUGUUGGCGCAACAACAAAUUUCGUAUAUACCCAUUUCUCAUGUUUUGUACUACUGCACAGAGGAAGGCAUUCCACUGCUUGUCGUAGAGGUUGCAACACUGACAGGAGAACACGUUUUGAAGGCAUUUCAAACUAAUUUUGAAUUGGAAUGGGCAUGCAAAUGCGAUGUGUUAAAACUGGCUUCUGUGGAUCGAAUACCAAGAACCAUUUUACAAGAUAAAUUUGAUUUUACUGGAACUCCGCUUAAUGAUUUCAAGAACGUGGAGGAACUUGUUGUUGCAAAUAUGUGUGAAGAUAAGCGAUAUCCUGGCAUAAUAGUAGCAUUACAAACAGGAGUUCUACUUCGAGUAAAAUACGGUCGAGAAACACAGGUCAGAUCAGUAAACACUCCAGAGUAUCACGAGUCUGAUUAUUCAAGUAAAAUUCAAGAUAGUAACGCUUUAAACUUGAACUCGGCUGGACUAUACUCAAACCAAGCAGAUGAAGAUGUGCAGGAUCAACUUGAUCAUUACGAAGUAAAUGUCUCGUGGGUGUUGGAUAUAUUUUUAUCACAAGUGGAAGAAGGUUUCAAACAAAAAUCCUCUUGGGUGGACAAUCUUUUACCGACAUCUGAUCAUGUAGAUACAACCAGUCCAAAAAAUGAGAAUCGUGUACGGGCACGAACCUUGAUGAGCACAUCACCAAAAGAUUUCAAGAUUACUGGGAUAAGAUUUUUAAUAAAUCAUAAGCACAACAAGGCGCAGUUUAUGGUGGCUGGGAAUGAUGGGAUAAUUCGAUUUUAUCCAGAUGAACCAAAUCGAAACAGUAACGGAGUCAAGCCAAUUAGUAAAUUUUCAAUUAAUACAGAGAUUCGGAUAUUCGAUGGAAAGGUUCAAAUUUCGGCUGAUCAAAAAUACAAGUCUUUAAACAGUCCACAAAUUGACAAUGUGCUAUGGUACAAAAAUAUGCAGCUUGGACUUGCAUUUACUGAAAACUCAACUCUGGCAGUAUACGAUAUCAAUGAUCCGCUUAGUAAUAUGGCACAAGUCAAAAUCGUUUCUAAAAAGAUUGGGGUGAUAGAGGAGCCAAAACCUAACAAGAGUUUAAUCAGUACACCUCGAGGAGUUUACAUGAUAGAUGAUGAGCGUGGACUUGGAAUUCUUUACUGUGGUCAAGAGUGGAGUAUGUUUAGCAUAAGUGACAUGAUUGAACUAACAAGUACUUCUGAAUAA